AGAACGGUGAUUGAUUUUCCAAGCUUGUUGUUUGUUUACAACCAUCGUUUGUAGAAAAUUAAGCAAAAUUUAUUAAUUUUGCUAUGAAUUCCGCCACUAAAGUUGGUGAAAUUUUCACCGCUGCGGGAGCCGCAUUCAACCGUUUGGGUGAACUAACUAUGCAGCUGCACCCUUCUUCGGAUUCCCCAACAGGGAGCAAAUGGACAGAUGAAGAAAUAGAAAUGCUCCGCUCAGCUGUCACCCGUUUUAGCGAGGAUCUCAACAAAGUCAGUCAACGGAUCAAAGGACGCACGGUGUCCCAAAUUCGACAAACGUUGAAGAAAAAAGCGUUCGAAGAUGCAGGCAUUCAAAUGAAACAGCAGCCUGCUCAAUCUGCGCAAUCUCAGCAGGCCAUCCUGGUGCAGCAGCAAACGCAAAAUGUCCAGCCAACCACCAGCGGUACUGAACAGCAGCCAACUUUGAUCGUGAAACAGGAAGAGCAUGACUCUGUCGGGGAGGCAGGCUACCUGAACCAGCCCUCAAAUAUGAUGAUGACACUAAAUCGGCUAAAUGUACAAGAGUCUGAAGCUGAUGUCGAAGGCCUUGCAACAUCCGAAGUCAAGCUAGAAUUCGAACCCGGCGCGGAAGAAGUUGCCGGAUGAGAUGAGGUGGCUUUUUAUUUUGGUGCGUCUCCACGGGCGUAGGCGCACAAUGUUUUCUUAAGUUUUCCUCAUAAUUCAGUAUAAGUUAUCGUAUUUUCUCUGAUGAAGAAAGAUCUAUUCAGUGGGAAACGUAGAUAUAUGGUAUAAUCAAGUGUUAAAAAGUUCAAUCAGUGGUCAAAUGUUAGUAUAAUAGUAAUCGAUUCGUUUUAUAAUUUUCGAUUAUUCCGUUUCACAAAUGACGAAAGUGUAGUGUUUAAGAAUGCAGCCUCAUCAUUACUGGAGGUUACCUACUGUAACAGGUGUCAUGAUGACAUUCAAAUAAAAUUUAAUCAGCA